ACACUAUCACCUCCAAUUAAUCAUCCAAAAUGCCCCUCAUCUUCCUAACCGGCGGCAGUGGCUACCUCGGCCAAGCCAUAACCACCCACGCCCUCUCCAAGAACUACACCAUCCACUCCCUCUCACGCAGCCCCGAAAGCGACGCCAAGAUUACCUCUCUCGGCGCAACCCCCAUCCGCGGCGACCUCACCACCCACUCCGUGCUCCUUGAACAAAGCCAAAAGGCAGAUAUAGUCAUCCACCUGGCGGACCCAAUGGCAGGGAACUACUCUCUCCCAUACGAAGAACGCAUCCGCAUCGACGACGAAGCAGUCACCGCCAUCGCUGAGGGAUUAGCUGGAAGCGACAAGCCGCUUGUAGUGACCUCCGGAUCACUGGUCGUUGCUGCUACUGCUACGGGGAAGGAGACUGACGAGGAGUCCGCGUUAUGGGAGGAAGGGAAGGCGCUGAAUGAGCGGAUUGUCUCUGAGAGGAAGAACCUGAGGUGGGUAGGGGAGAAAGGGGUGAGGGUUAUUGUGAUUCGGCUGCCGCCGUUUGUGUAUGGACGGGGAGGGAGUGGGGUGGGGUUGUUUAUGGGGAUGUUUUGGAAUGGUGGUGAUAGAGGGGAGAAGGAGGUGAAGGUUGUUAGGGAGGCGGAGGGGGUGGUCACGUCUGCGGUGCAUGUGGAGGAUGCGGCCGAGUUGUAUUUGCUUGCUGCGGAAAGGGCUGGUGCUGGGGACGUGUUCAAUGGGUGUUCGGAGUGGGGGGUGACGUUUGGGGAGUUGGGGAGGGCAAUGGCGGAUGUUUUGGGGGUUGGGGUUGAGGUUGUGGGGUUUGAGGAGGCGAAGAGGGUGUGGGGGGAGUUCUUUGCGGGGUUUCUGAGUACGGAGAAUAGGGCUUCUGGGGGGAAGGCGAUGAGGGUGUUGGGUUGGGUGCCGAAGAAGGUUGGAAUCGUGGAGGAGGUGAGGCAUGGGUCGUAUGUUGGGUUGGCGGAGAGGUUGAGGAGUGGUGCUGCUUGA